AUGACCUCCACCGCCCUCCCCAAGCGCACCGCGCUAAACCGGAAUAUCCCUACGGACUCCUCCACAGAGAGCUCUGCAUGCGUUUCCCCAAGCGACAGCUUGCGUCCGUCUCCUUCCUCCACCUCCCUGUCGUCUCUGGCCUCGGAUGCGCAGGAAGAACCCCUAAAAUUAGUAGACACCUACGGAAACCCCUUUGAGAUCCCAGACUUCACCAUCAAGCAGAUCCGAGACGCCAUCCCGGCCCAUUGCUUCAAGAGAAGGACCUUCUACCUUUUCCACAACUAUGUCACUCCGGAAUACAUCCCAUCCACCCCGAUCCGUGCGGGACUGUGGGGUCUCUAUACCUUCGUCCAGGGUCUCUUUGGCACCGGCCUAUGGGUCAUGGCCCAUGAGUGCGGACAUCAGGCAUUCUCUCCAUUCAGACUCCUGAACGACACAGUCGGCUGGAUCUGCCACUCGGCGCUGCUGGUACCGUACUUCUCCUGGAAGAUCUCACACAGCAAACACCACAAAGCCACCGGCAACAUGGACCGGGACAUGGUUUUCGUCCCCAAGACACGAGAGGUAUUCGCCUCGCGCUACGGCUAUCUCGCGCACGAGCUGCAUGAGUUGAUGGAGGAAACCCCCAUCCAGACCGCUACGCACAUGAUCCUGCAGCAGCUGUUCGGAUGGCCCUUGUAUUUGCUCUCAAACGUCACGGGCCACAACAACCAUGAGCACCAGCCUGAGGGCCGUGGUAAGGGAAAGAAGAAUGGCUUCUUUUCCGGUGUCAACCACUUCAACCCGUCCAGCCCGCUGUAUGAGGCCAAGCACGUACCGCUCAUCCUCCUCAGCGACCUGGGCUUGAUGAUCACAGGCUCCGCGCUGUACUGGGUUGGCCAGAACUUCGGCUGGGCGAACCUUGCCGUGUGGUACUUCGUGCCAUACCUGUGGGUCAACCAUUGGCUAGUCGCCAUCACCUACCUCCAACACACCGACCCCACCCUCCCCCACUACGCCUCGCAAGCCUGGACCUUCACCCGCGGAGCCGCAGCCACCAUCGACCGCGAAUUUGGUUUCAUCGGCCGCUACCUCUUCCACGGCAUCAUCGAGACCCACGUUCUGCACCACUACGUCAGCACGAUCCCGUUCUACAACGCCGACGAGGCCAGCGAGGCCAUCAAGCCCGUCAUGGGCAAGCAUUACCGCUCAGACACCAAGGAUGGGAGCUGGGGGUUCAUCAAGUCGCUGUGGAAGAGUGCCCGGACGUGCCACUGGGUGGAGCCGUGUGAGGGUGCGAAGGGCGAGGGACAGCAUGUUUAUUUCUUCCGGAAUCGGAAUAAUAUCGGUGUUAGGCCUUCUGCCGUGGCGACGAAGUCGUCGUAG